AUGACUGUUACACCAAUUCAGCUACUCGAGCAGUGUACCGAGAAGUAUAUUGAUUACACCAAAGUUGCAUCAACUCUUCAAAUAAACACGAUUUCCUCUGACCACCUUUCUCGUCUUGAAAAGUUGAGUGGAAAACCGUUACACCAAUUUUUACGACGGGGAUUUUAUUAUUCUGAAAUUGAUUUUGAAGAAGUUAUUACUGCGUUGGAACAGAAAAAGCCCGUGUACGUCUUCCUUCAAAAAUUACCAAGCAAAGAAUUUUCACUAUCAGACUACGUCGAUUUUGCACUUGCUAAGUACUUACAAGAGACUUUUGGAGUGAAGGUUGUUGUGCAGUUAUUGGACGACAUCGUUGUUUUAAAUCGCUCCGCGACGAUCCAAGAAGUCGCGAAGUUAGUCACUGAAACGACCAAGAACGUUAUUGCGUGUGGAUUUGAUGCGAAGAACACUUUAAUCUUCAACGAUUACAACUCCUUUGGGAAGAUGUAUCGAACCGUGACCACUAUCGAAAAAGCGAUGGCGUUUGAUGUAGUUAAACCGUUUUAUUCAUUUGAGAAUUCGGACAACAUCGGUAAACUUUCGAGUCCAGCGAUCAUAGCGGCGGGCAUGUUUUGUGGGCAAUUUGAGGAGAAAAUAGGGUCUGAGGCAACAUGUGUAGUCAUAGAAAAUAUCAAGAACGGGCAGUUCAUUAAAAUUGUGAGAGACAUAGCCCAAGCAAUUGGCGCACAAAAGCCUGCCGCCUUAUUUAGGAAGAAUGUGCCUUUAUUAACUGGUGUAGCGAAGUUCGAAGAGUGUACCAAGAUGAACGCCAUAUUGAUGAAUGACACUGAAAAGGAAGUCGAGAGGAAAAUCAAUAAAGUCGCCUUCUCGGGAGGAAGAGAUACUAUGGAGGAACAUCGUAAGCUUGGUGGGCAGUGUGACAUUGACAUCCCAUUCAAUUACAUCAACAUAUUCAGUGAUGAUGACACGCUUGUGAAAGACACAUUCGACCAGUAUUCCACAGGAAAGAUGUUGUCCGGGGAGAUCAAAAAAGUGGCAAGUGGUGUCAUGAAAAAGGUCGUCUUGGAUUUCGAAGCAAAGAAGAAGCCCGUGACAAACGCAGUCGUCAAAACCUUUUUCGAACAGAUGAAAUAA